AUGAGAAUAAGAACGCCUAUACGGCUUACAAGAAGGUUUAUAUCAAUAUCAAGUGAAGUAGAGAAAUGUCAGCAAAUACAAUUCUUGGAAGAGUACAAGAUAAGAACGAUGUUGGAACAACCAAUCAUUCACUAUUCCAAAAAGAAACUACCCCAAUUUUCAUUAAAUCAUUUAUACAACCAAUCUGAGAAAUUAUCAUCCAGCUUCAUAUUACAAAAUGCAAGAGAAACAAUUGAACAUUUACUCAUAUACAAUGCUAGGAGACUAAAAGAAUUUAGAAAAUUACCUUAUUUAGUAGUAUUAAAUCCAUCGAUAUCAGAAAGUUAUGACACAUAUUUACAAUCAAUGAGUUCUUUAUUGAAAGCAAGUCUAUAUACACCGCAUACUUUGGAAGAAAAUAAAGAAUUUGCAAAUGAUGUACUCACGAAAUUUAUUGAUAUUCAUGCAGAUACUUUACCAAGUUUGUCUAAAGGAUUUGGAGAAGUUAGUAAUUUAUUAUCAAUGAAACAAAUCACUCUGUUUUUGGAUAAUCAUUUAAAUGAAAGAAUAAGUAUGAGAUUAAUUGCUCAUCAACAUAUUGAGCUAACGAAAUCAAUAAAUGAUCCAGAUAAAUAUGUUAAAGGUGGAAAAUAUAACGGUGUGGUAAAACUAUUAUAUAUUCCUGAUGUAAUUAAAAAGAAUGCAGAAGUUGUGAAUGAUAUCACAAUGAUGAAAUACGAUCAGUCAGUUCCAAUAAAAAUAGAUACAAAUUUAAGAGCAGUUUAUUGGAGUCAAAAGGAUCCAUCAGAAACAGAUAAAAGUGAUCUGUUAUAUUUUCCAUAUAUUGAAUAUCACCUAGAUUAUAUUUUCAUGGAAUUAUUUAAAAAUUCAUUUAGAGCACAAAUUGAAAAUAAUGUAUCAGAUCCGAUAACAAUAACAGUAUCAACAUCUCAUGAUUCACCAAAAUUUAUGGAAAUUAGAAUAAGAGAUAAAGGUAAAGGUAUACCACAAAAUACUUUAAAACAUAUUUUUGAUUAUUCUUUUACCACUUACAGUAGCAAUGAAGGGGAAAGUUUCAAAACUUUAAAUGUACCACCUGAACAUCUUGGAGGUGGGAAUUCAGUUGCAGGAAUGGGAUUUGGAUUACCUUUAGCUAAACAAUAUAUUGAAGUAUUUAAUGAUACCGUUGAUAAAGAUGAUGGAACGAAAGGACUGAUUAUUGGAUUACAGGAGAUGAGUGAUUAUUUUAUUGUUAUUCAUGUAAGUACAACAUGCGAUGACUCAAAUACUUAUGUCACUAAGGAUUCAACUGAAUUAAUUGCAUUUUCUUGGUCAACUAUAGAUGUUACAACUUUAGAAGUAAUAUAUGAGAAAUCUAUAUUAGUACGUCCUAUGAAUACUCCAAUAACUCCAUAUUGUUCUCAAUUAAAUAAGUUGACAUGGGAACAUGUGAGAAAUGCAGGAUUAUUUAAAGAUGCAAUCAAUACUUUUGAUACAUACAUACAAACACUUCAAGACAAAGAGUUUCUGUUUGUCAGUUAUGAUAGUUCGAAAUUAAGAGUUCAGCUACCAAGAGAAGCAAGGGAUAAAAGUGUUGUUUUACCACCAUAUUUGCAACAUCCGAGAUUAUUUGAUUUACCUGCAGAAUACUCAAAAUGGCAUGCUAGUCAUCCUGAGGCAUUAUCAUAUACUGCAUCAUCAAUAUCAAAUAUGGUCACUGCAUUAGAAGUAGAAGUUGAUAAAGAAGACUUAAAUCCAGAAAAGACUUUAAAUUUACAUACUCAAUUAGUUGUACAAUUAAUGAAAAAAUCAUUACCCAUUGAAAGUCAUCCGAAUGUUUUCACACAACCUCAUGAUAUAGCUCAAGAUGUUAAAGCAUUUGUUAGUGAGAGAUCCAAGAUCUUGUAUCUUUCAAAUUUACCUUCAGAUACUACUCAAUCAGAAUUAGAAUAUUGGUUCACUCAGUAUGGAGGUAGACCAGUUGCAUUUUGGACUUUGAAAAACAAUGAUAGUAAAAACACAACGGGAUUUGCAGUUUUUGGAGCUCAUGAAGAAGCAACGGAAUCAUUAUCAAUGAAUGGUAAAGCAUUAAAUAAUCGAGCUAUUGAAGUUCAACCAUCAUCUACAAAAGUAUUGGAUAAAGCUAAUGAUUUAUUAACUCCUUUCCCACCUUCAAAAAAUAGACCAAGACCUGGAGAUUGGACUUGUCCAUCUUGUGGAUUUUCUAAUUUUCAAAGAAGAACUCAUUGUUUUAGAUGUUCAUUUCCUGCUUCUAGUGCUGUUGCUAUUCAAGAAUCAAUUUACUCAAAUGGUCCAAGAAGGCAAGAACCACAACAACAUCAACAACAACAGCAACAUUCACAACCUCAACAACAACAACAACAACAGCAUCAACAACAACAACAACAACAACAACCACAAACCCAACCUCAACAAUUCAAAGUUUCUCAAGAAAUACAUUUACCAGCUCAACAACCACAACAAUCACAACCACAGCAACAGCAACAACAACAACAAGUUGAAAAAGUCAAUAAUGAGAAUGGAUCACAAAGAAAUUUCAAUAGUGUACCAUUUAGAGCUGGUGAUUGGAAAUGUGAACUUUGCAUGUAUCAUAAUUUUGCCAAAAAUUUAUGUUGUUUAAAAUGCAGUGCUUCGAAACCUUCGAUCAAUUAUAAUCAAAAUAAUAAUUUACAUUCAGUUAAUUCAACAGCUGCUGCAAUUGCUGCUGCAACAGCAAGUGGUCAACCAUUAAAUUUAAAUAAUAAUUUUAUCAAUAUGCAUCAACCACAACCACAAUAUCAACAACAUCGUCAACAAAGAAAUGUAAAUGGGUAUGUUAGAAAUUCAGGUACACCUAACAUUUACCAACAACAGCACCAACAACAACAACAUCAACAACAACACCAAUUACAACAUAACCACCACCAAUUUUCACAACAACAACAACAUCAACAACAUACUCAACAACAUCAACAACACCAACCACAACUGUAUCAAUCAAUGAAUCAAAUUCAUAAUUUUCAAAACCCUAAUAGAGCUUCACAAUUAAUGGACCAAGUAAGGUUUCAAAGUCAUUCACCAGCAAUUUAUAAUCCAACAGUUGCAUUAAAUGAUAAAAUGAAUUCAUUAAAUCUUAAUUUUUAA